AUGGAAAAGGAAACCUCAUCAUCAGUCUUGGUCAAGGCCAAAUCUGAGACACUCGCUGAAGCACUUAAGUCUAGUUCACUCGAUUUCAGCAAUGGUGAAGGCAGCAGCCAUGGGAGCAAGCAGAAUGUGAUGGCAAGGACAUCAUCAUCGCCAAGCCACAGUAGCAGCGGCAAAAACAGAAGGAACGCACACAUAAGGAAGGCCAAGAGUGCAUUCCCUGCUCUUGACCUUAGCGGUCUCACUGGUGGUGCUGCUCUUAGCCGAGCCUCAAGUGCUUCCCUUGGCCUUUCCUUCUCUUUCACUGGCUUCACCCUGCCACAUGAAGAGAUCGUUUCUUCAGACAGAUCAUGCAGCAACGACGAAAAUCUGGAAGAUAUUGAAGCAGCAUCUAGUAGUGUGGUCAAGUUUCAAGCAGAACCAACCUUUCCGAUAUAUCUCAAGUUCAUAGAUAUCACAUACAAGGUGAUAAUAACAAAAGGAAUAGCAUCUUCAUCAGAAAAGAGCAUCUUGAAUGGGAUUAGUGGCUCAGCAUAUCCAGGGGAGCUUCUAGCUCUCAUGGGACCUUCUGGAAGUGGAAAAACUACACUUCUCAAUCUUCUUGGUGGCAGAUUUCAUCAGAAAAACAUCGGUGGCUUGGUUAGCUACAAUGAUAAGCCAUAUUCUAAGAACUUGAAAACCAGGAUUGGAUUUGUACAUCAAGAUGAUGUUCUGUUCCCUCACUUAACUGUAAAAGAGACACUAACCUACACAGCUCUUUUACGCCUCCCUAAAGUCCUCACAAAGCAGCAGAAGGAGCAAAGAGCUAUUAGUGUUAUACAGGAGCUUGGCUUGGAAAGGUGCCAAGACACAAUGAUUGGAGGGUCAUUUGUACGCGGUGUCUCAGGUGGUGAGAGGAAAAGAGUUUGUAUUGGAAACGAGAUCAUGACUAAUCCUUCGCUUCUUCUCCUUGAUGAACCUACCUCUAGUUUGGACUCUACUACUGCGCUAAAGAUUAUUCAGAUGCUACAAAGCAUAGCAAAGGCGGGGAAAACUGUCGUAACAACAAUCCACCAGCCAUCAAGUAGACUCUUUCACAGAUUUGACAAGCUGGUUGUUCUCAGCAGAGGAAGCUUGCUUUACUUUGGGAAAGCAUCAGAAGCAAUGUCAUAUUUCUCUUCCGUAGGAUGUUCUCCUCUACUCUCCAUGAACCCAGCAGAGUUCUUGCUAGACUUAGCUAAUGGAAACAUGAACGAUAUCUCCAUACCCUCAGCUCUUAAAGAGAAGGCGAAGAUGAGAAAUUCUUGCAGAGAGAAGCCAAGUGCUACGAUUGUAUAUGAGUAUCUUGAGGAAGCUUACAAGACACAGAUUGAAGUCUUGGAAAAGGAGAAACUUAUGGAUCCAGUUCCUCUUGAAGAAGAAGUUAAAGCGAUGAUAACUUGUCCCAAGCGAGAAUGGGGAUUAAGGUGGUGGGAACAGUAUUGCAUACUUUCCUUGAGAGGAUUCAAAGAAAGAAGGCAUGACUAUUUCAGCUGGUUGAGAGUCACUCAAGUUCUCUCCACUGCCAUCAUCUUAGGUUUACUCUGGUGGCAAUCAGACAUUCAACACCCCAAAGGCCUACAAGAUCAGGUAGGGCUACUCUUCUUCAUUGCUGUUUUCUGGGGAUUCUUUCCGGUAUUCACAGCGAUCUUCACGUUUCCACAAGAGAGAGCAAUGCUGAGCAAGGAACGAGAGUCAAAUAUGUAUAGACUAAGUGCAUAUUUUGUGGCUAGAACCACAAGUGAUCUCCCGCUUGACUUGAUACUACCUGUGAUUUUCCUAGUAGUUGUAUAUUUCAUGGCUGGAUUGAGAUUAAGAGCUGAAUCAUUUUUCCUGAGUGUGCUCACAGUCUUCCUCUGCAUCGUUGCAGCUCAGGGACUUGGAUUAGCAAUAGGGGCAAGCUUAAUGGACUUGAAGAAGGCCACAACUUUAGCAUCUGUAACUGUAAUGACUUUCAUGCUUGCUGGUGGCUACUUCGUCAAGAAAGUUCCGAUAUUUAUUGCUUGGAUACGUUACAUGUCAUUCAACUACCACACGUACAAGCUCCUAGUGAAGGUACAAUAUGAAGAAAUCAUGGAAAACGUAAAUGGAGAGGAAAUAGAGAGUGGGCUUAAGGAAGUGAGUGCUCUUGUUGCUAUGAUCAUUGGUUACCGUCUCUUAGCCUACAUUUCUCUUCGAAGGAUGAAGCUCCACUCUCCUACUUAA